AUGGGCACUACCACCACCAAACCAGCCUGGUACCAAACCAGCGUCACGGCAAUCGACCCUGCCGCGCGGUCCAUGCUGGAGAAUUACAGCGGGCUCAAACCCGAAGAGGUCAUUUCCCAUGUCUUAGCCCUGAGAGAUGAAGCCUUUCGAAUCUUCCCCUACCCCUGCAUCGGCCAAAUGCGCUUCCUGAGCUGUCACCUCUCCCGCCUGCCAUUCUACCAGCACGUGCUUGCCCGUCUGCGCGUAUCCCCUGCCAACGGUUUCCUCGACGCAGGCUGCUGUGUCGGCCAGGAGCUUCGGCAUUUGGUCUACACAGCCUCUAUUCCCGGAUCCCAAUUAUAUGGGUUCGAUCUAGAAGCUGGGUUCUUCGAGCUCGGCUAUAAGCUCUUCCGCGACAAUGCGGAGGCCUUCCCCGCUACCUUCGUGGGCGCAGAUCUAGGUGUGUCAGAUGAGGAUUGGGAGAAGGCGGAGAUCGUGGGUAAGAUGAAGGGUAAGAUAGAUGUGGUUUGGGCGGGCUCGUUGUUGCACUUUUGGGAUUAUGAGGGGCAGCUACGCGGCGUGGAAAGGUUGAUUGGGUUGACGAGGGGAGAGCCCGGCUCGAUCGUCUGUGGACGGCAGAUGGGGAGUACAGUGGCCGGGGUGUAUGAUUUGAAUGGGUUGACGGAUAAGACGAUGUUGCAUUAUAGACAUAAUGUGGAGAGUUUGGUGGAGUUUUGGAAGGAGGUGGGUGUGAGGACGGGGAGUAAGUGGGAGGUGCAGGCGGAGUUGGAGAUCGGGGAAACGACAACUAAUAUGCGGGAUAAGGCGAAGUUUAUGGAUGAUAAUACCAGGGUCAUUUGGUGGUGUGCUACCAGGGUGGAGUGA